AUUCAAGGGUCCAUAUCGAGUUAAAAAGGUAGGUUAACGAGAGACAGAAGGCAAAACCGUCUCUACUUUGAACAAGACUUGAGAGCAAGUGUUUGGAGACCUCCAAUCUCAGUCAGAUCGCCGCCGCUGCAGAGAGAGAACAUGUCGGGUGUCACUAACCAGGAGGAGGACAAGAAGCCCGCCGACCAGGCCGCUCACAUCAACCUCAAAGUCAAGAGCCAGGAUGGGAAUGAGGUGUUCUUCCGGAUCAAGCGAAACACUCAGUUGAAGAAGCUUAUGAAUGCUUACUGUGAUCGCCAGUCAGUGGACUUCAACGCCAUUGCAUUCUUGUUUGAUGGACGCCGUCUCAGGGCUGAGCAGACUCCAGAUGAGUUGGAGAUGGAGGAUGGGGAUGAGAUAGAUGCCAUGCUGCACCAAACUGGAGGUGCUAUUGUCUAGUCAAAUGACUUUGUGAGGGUACCGAGUAGUAGUUAAGUACAUAUAGACUUGAGUAUUUGGAAUCCAUGUCUAAAACUUACAACCUAUUAUGUUGCUAGUCACAUCUGAACGUAUUGCUAGUUGUUGAUUGUCAAGACAUGACAAAUCUAUGUGUAUGAAAUAUGCUUGAUGUGCUAUGGAAGUUUAUUUCUCGGUGCUGUCGUUCUUUGCAGCAUAUUUGUUU